UUCUGUCCUCAGUCCGCAACGAGACCUCAUCGAAGGAAGCCACACUUGCAAAACAUGGAUCGGGAUUUACCCCUGCACUGGACCCUGAAUCCCAUUCGGAUAUCACGAAGUCUUUCAUUGAAUACUCUUUCUCUAUAUCGAAAGAUUUCCCGCAAUAUGUGGCGCUGCUGCAUCCAAUUCUGUCACAGCCCCAAGUUUCAGCGAUAUGUUAGAUUCAUCGAGUCCAGUCUGUGUCAGUUCUAAAGAGCAAUGAUCCAAGAAAAUGCGCAGCUGCCUGGUCGCAUUCAAACUGAUUGCUACCGAU